CCUCUUCAUACAAUCGGAUUGACAUCAAGACCAAUAUAUAUUUCUAAUAAAGAUAUUAUCACAAUUAUAGUUAUAAUAAUAACUCAACAAUCAUCAUCAUCAUCAACAACAAUAAUAAUAAUACAGUUAACCUAUUAUAAGGAUCACUAUGACAACUGUACGUGACAUUGUGAACAAUAUAAAUAUUUUAUUAACUGAACGUAAUCAUCUUGCUGUUGAUGAUCUCAAAUUAAUCCAACAAUCAACUAUUGGAACUUAUUUCUAUACCCAAUUCAGAUUAGUCCUUAAUUUGAUUGGAUUACCACGAGUUAAUCAACAACAACAACAACAACAAAAUGAUCAUCAAAUCGGAUCCACUAUUCAUCAUCAUCGUCAUGUAAUGAAAAUUACUAAAUCAACAAUUGGAAAUGUAAGGAAACAAUCAGCUGAUUACUUGGAAUAUCUUGAAACAUGUGAGAUGUUGAUUGAUUUUUCUUGGGAAAAAUUAAAUAUCGGACAUUGGAAAUCAGUGAAACUUGAUUAUCGUUACCUUUAUGGUUAUGUUUGUAUAAUUAAAACCCUAUUACAACUCAGAAUUAUAUUAAACUCACCUGAUGCAAAUGACCAAGAGGAAGAGGAAGAGGACGAAGAUGAUGAUAAUCUAAAUCCGUAUCAGUUUAAUUUCAAAUUAGAUGAUAAGCCAAAAGUUGAAUCUAAUUGUUUACCAAAGGGACUCAAUGAGAUUAUAUUAGAAUCGUUAAUCCAAACUUGUGAUAUGGCUUGUAUCAUGUGUCCACCAAUUAUGGAUGGACUGGCCUCGGACAUUGCUUGUUUACUUCAUUCAAUCCUUAGUGUCCACUAUUCAACCAAGUGGAAAACAUUGUCCACUAUCAUGAAAGGAAGGGAAAAGAUUUUACCUUACCAAUCAAUUGAUCCUGUUAACAGAAUUGAAAUUAUCCAUUGUCCAUCAUUGGAAAUUUUCAAACAAUCUUAUGCCAACAAAAGUAAACCCUGUAUUAUUACCGGAGCCAUGGAUGACUGGUCAGCUUGUGAUAAUCAAUCAGAUAACCAUUGGUCACUAGACUAUUUAUUAUCCAAUAUGGGAGCUCGUACAGUUCCGGUUGAAAUUGGUAAUAAAUAUACUGACUUUGAAUGGUCACAAAAAUUGAUGACAGUUGAAUGUUUCAUUGAUAAACACUGGACUGAUGGUCCAUCUAAAGGAUAUAUUGCUCAGCAAGAAUUAUUUCAACAAUUUAAACAAUUAUCUUAUGAUUUUACUAUACCCGAUUAUUGUGGAAUCAAGUCUGACCAAUGUAAAGAUGACCAUCAACAAACCAAGAGUGACACUAAUGAAAAAGACAAAGACAAAGACAAAGAUUCAAAUGACAAUGAAAGUGAUGAUCAAUAUGAUCGUAACAAUAUCGUUGUGAACGGUUGGUUUGGCCCAUGGGGAACUGUAUCUCCACUUCAUCAUGAUCCUUACGAUAAUCUAUUAGCUCAGGUUAUGGGUGGAAAAUAUAUUCGCUUAUAUUCAAAUAGUAUUAAUCCUAAUCUACUUUAUCCACAUUCAGAUUAUCUGCUUUCCAAUACAAGUCAAGUUGAUAUUGAAUCAAUUGAUCCGAUCAGGUUUCCAAUGUUCAACUCAUUGCCCUACCUUGAAUGUUACCUUGACAAAGGUCAAAUGCUUUUCAUUCCUAAAGGUUAUUGGCAUUUUGUAAAGUCAAUGUCAAUCAGUUUUUCAAUUAACUUUUGGUGGACAUAAUUAUAAUCUUGAUAUUAAUCAAGCCAACCCAAUUAAUUUGAAGCACUUGUCAAUAUAUAAAUGAUAAUUUGUUGUUAAAACAGUUUUAAAGCCAAAGAAAAUGAUUUGUUUGAUUUUGUUAACAAAAUUUGCUUCCAAUUUGAUUGAUUUGAAUGUGUAUCAAAAUGAAAGAUUAAAUAAAAAUAACAUCUCAUUAAUUAAUCUCAA